AUGACAUCUUUUGUUUAAUCAACAUUUGCAAUAUCUGCAAAGCCGAAUUUUGAAUUUUUAUAGAAUUAGGUUGAAUCUGAUUCAGAUAAUGAAGAAUAAAAAUAGAAAUUAUAAUAAAUGCAUGAACAUUAGAAGGAACACAAAAAAUUUAAGAAAUUAAUUGAUAUUGAAUUGGUGAAGGAAGAAUUGAAAAACAGGCCUAAUGUUGAAAUGAAAAUAAGUUCAAUUUAAAAGAAAAAAAUUUCUAAGAUAAAAAGUGUCCGUUCUCUAAAUGAUCUUAUUAUUCCCACAUCUCCAAUUUUGAUAGAUCAAUUAGGAAACUUGAAGAAAAUAAAAGAGAUACGUUCAGAAGUACCUCCAGAAUUGAUGGGAAGAAUUUACUCAGAACUUAGGUAAUUUUUAACAAACGAUUAUGAGAUAUGAAUUUGUACCAGCCUUAAAUCCAGUGUAUCGAUAGGGAGAUUAGAAUAAAAGAUUUUACAUUAUACUAGAAGGUAAGGUAGUAGUGAUGAAACCGAAAUUAAAGAUGGUGGGGUCCAGUAAAAUAGAAUUUGAUGAUAAUUUGUAAUAAAAAACACAAGGGAAAAAUGAUGAUGAUCCAUUUGGAUUGAAAAUUCUCUUUCCAGAUUACAUCAUAUUAAAAAUCUUAUUUCAAGGAGAGUAAGUAUAUAUUUAUUGAUUUUUUAGUUGUUUUGGUGAAGCAGCUAUCAAAUUAGAUACUGCAAGAUCAUCUACAGUAUUUACAUUGGAAGAUACUCAUUUAUUAUAUAUAAAUGAAACUGCUUAUCUUGAAUAUUUAAAUCCUUAUUUAAGUAUAGCUUUAGAUAAUAAAAUUUAAUAUUUUGGAUAGACUCCACUCUUUCGAAAUAUCGAUCCAGAAGAUUAUAUGGGUAUAGUAUUGGAAAGCAAAUUGGUGACUAUGAAGGCAGGAGAGAUAGUUUAUGAUGAAGGGGAGAAAACUAAAUAUAUAUACUUUAUAAUUAAUGGGGAAAUUGAAUUGUUGAAAUAAGUAAAAAAGAAAUCGAUAAUAUUGUCUUCAUAUGGAGAAUUUCAAAGUUUUGGGGAGGUUGAGAUUAUGAAUAAAAUAAAUAGAUAUACAAAAGCCAAAGUGAUUUCUCCAAGAUUAAAUUGUUAUAGGAUUAGAAAAAGAAUGUUUUUUGAUAAUUUAGGUAGUUAUGGAACUUAUGAAAAUAUGAAAAAACAUUCAGCUAUAAUUUAUAAACAUUGGUAAUUAAUUUGUAAUGCUGUUUAAAAAUCAAUUAAUCCAAGAGAUGAAGUAUAUUAAUCCUUAUAUUCAAUAGGUUUAUGAAGCUGCUUAAGAUGACAAUUAAAAUAAACCAAAUUUCUUAGCAAAAUACAUUUUAAAUAAAAAACUCAUAGAGUCUCAAGGUUAGAAAUUAAGUCAAAUAAAAGUAUUUUAGAAUUUGACUGAUUCAAAUUUAAAAGAUUUAAAAAACUUUAGUAAUGAUAGUUAAAAUCUUCUAUAAAGAGUAUAUAGCAACACACUUUAAUAAUAUUAAGCUAAAUUAUUAAAGAAACCUUAAAUGGUUAUUUGUGAUUCUGAUGCAUCUUGUAUAAGAAAUCUAAAUCAAAACAAAUAACCAACAAAUACAAGUAUUAACCAUGACAAUAAUUCAACUACAAGUCCAUUAAAUGAAAAUAGUGUUGAUCUUAAAUUAAGCUCGAAUAGAUCAUCUGUCAUAAUUAAAAGGGAGAGUUAAUAAAAGAUUAUUCUUCCAUCUCUACAUCCUUCUUUACAUUUGGUUGGACCUUAACCUUAAUCUUUAAAUACAGUAUUAGAAUCUAUAAGUAAAUUGCCUCGAGUUCCAAAGGAUAAUUUGGUGUUAUCAUUAAUGUAUUAAUAAGCUUACAAAGCUGAGAAUCCUGCUAAAAAGGCUAAAGAAAUUUAGCAAGUAAUUCAAGCUUCAUAUAGAAAUGUUUAAAAUAGAUUUUAACCUAAACAACAUCAUUUAACAGAAAUUCAACCUUCACCUUCAUCAAAUGAGCAUAGAAUGAAAAAGAACUUAUAAAUUUCAGGAUUGUUGAGUAUGAGAUCAUAAAAAAAAUAGUAUCUAAAUUUUGUACAUCCAAAAAGGAUAGUUGGAAUUAGUCAAAUCAAUUGA